GCACUGCACUUGUGCCAGAUGAGCGUGCGUUCGACCCCAACUACCUCGUCCGCCUCGUCGAGCGCUAUGUCGACCUGGACAUCGGCGACGCCGGUCUCAGCAGUGACGAGGAAAGGACAAAAGUGACGACAGUGCCAAGGGGAGGCGCUCGUGCCUGGCUGGUCGAGAGACACCUCCUCGACGAGUGUCCGCGGCUGUAUGCGACCGUCUCAGACGUGCGGAGCUUCCAGCACUACCUGAUGCACAUGCGCACAAGGGGUGCCCCUAUCAAAUUUUCCAAGGACCAGUACAAUGCACCGACUUGGAUCUUUCUCCAGGUACCAAAGACGGGGUCCACACACGGAGAUCUGGCUCCAGGCAGCCAGCAGCAGUCCGUGACUCAAGCUGGGAAUCAGCAGCGGGAAAAGCCGCCGGCGCGCGUUUGCAUCCCUGCCAAGCUCUGCUCGCAGGAAACGGAGAACAAGCGGUUCCUACCGCUGAUCCAGGCCAUCAAGGCAAACGUCGAGGCGCCGAGAAACGUCGCUGAAGCAGCAAAGGUCCUCGACACACUCGAACGGCUCGAUGCCGGCAUCUUUGCGCGAGAGCGCUGCUCGGGCCUCAAACAGCUUCUCAAGAUUGCACGCGUGCAUGGCAUCGAUGUCUGUUGGCAGCAAUUUCAGGGUGUCAUCACCGACAUCGGCCUCAGUGAAGCGUCUAUGGCUUCUCUUGCCCCUCCUCAUUUCCCUCCGCGUGGCGUUGAUCUCAAGUUCUGAUGCCAGCUUCACACCUCCCCCACACCAUGUUACCUUUCCUUUCGACUCUACCCUUUUUCUCUUAGCGCCUCCGUAGCGCC